UCGUAGUCCAAUUUCUGGUACGUUGUUUUCGUCUAGUUUUUGCAGUAAAGGUGAUUACUUAAUGAAAAUUUAAAGGUUGUAUUGUUAUUCAGAUGAUAAUUUUAGCUAUUGGAUUGGUCUCUUUUCUCUUUUUUCGUUUGUUCAAUGGGUUUCAUUUGUCUGCUGAGUUUGUGAACUAUAACAUGAAUAAAGUUGAUGCCGAAAAAAUGGGACAUUUUUUAAGCAGUAAAUAUGGAGUAGUAGUAUUUUCAACUUACUUGAUACAGAGUCACUCUUGAUGUCUAGAUCCGGUAGCCAUCACAUAUUAACCCCAAGGGAAGAACAUUGUGGGGGUUCUGACAGUGGCAAUCAAACAAGAACUUGAUGAGCGAAAUCUGUUUACAAAAAAAGAAAAAAGAGAACUUUUGAAUCAAUAUAUCUCGGGUCCCGUGAUAACUUAGGAUUAGUGAUGAUACGGUUGAUGUGAUAUCUCAAAACUGUAAUUUGAUGGUAUAUUUAUAGGGUGUAUGUGGGAACUCACUAAUGAAGUUAACAAGUUUGGGAAAUGAAAUAUUGUCAUGGUUUAGGCUAAUAUGGUGAUGAUGCCUCUGGUCCUUGUGAUGAAACAAGACUAAAGCAGAAGGAAAUUUUAAGCAUGGUGAAAGGCGGUUCCCUUUGGCUAUUCAGCUUCGGGGAACUUUGUUUGAACUUCCUGUUUAUCAUAUUCUCCGUCCUCUCUUAUUGGUCAAUUACUCUGCAAACACUGAAAGAAGAGAAGGCACUUAAGGUGACCGUGAAAGCUAAUUGCAUAUAGCUGCUUCUUACCUUUCUCCACUUAAUACCAAGGUAUUCCCUUGUAAGUGAUCUCGCAUGCUUAAGGUCAUACCUCUCUGUCAAUUACUUGCUAGCUCUGAAAUAUAAGAUUGUCCUGGCAUGGCACUGAUUGUUGACUCCUCCUAGAUCCUUACUUCAAAAUGCUGAUAUUGUAGCAUACGGCAAAUCUGGCAAUUUGUAGUUGGUGUUGCUUUGUUAAAUUUAGUCCAUCAUUAUAAGAUUGCCAGAUUAAGACGCAGAGCAUUUUACUUUUCAGUGCCAUGUAAAGGCAACUGAUCUGAAGUCAGCUAUAAACUUUCUCAAUCUUGUAAUGAGUAUUAUUCAUUGGUGCCUGAUCUUUAUGCAUAAAGGGGUACCUUGCUUGCAUUUCUUGGCGCAUCUUUGUUGUUGAAUUUUGUUUUUUCAUGCAUGCCAAGUCAAGCAAAAUGCUGUAGGCUAGGACACCAGGCCUCGCUCACUCAAAUUAUCUGUCUAAUUUCAUUUCUAUUGUAACCUCAGAUAAUUGGAAACCACAUUACAGUAAUCAUGCUUUUGUUGGCUGCUAAGUGUUUAUUCAUGCUUCUGUGGUGCUAAGUUGUUUUAGAUGUUUGCACGUUCCUUCACUCCUAAAAUUCUCUCUUUCUGAUGGAUGAAUUGGGCUGUUCUCUAUCAGUGGCUUCUAUAUAGAAACAAUAAGGGCCUUGGACGCACAUCGUAACAGCAAGCUAGACGGUCUAGUAAUUUGUGUGGCUGUUUGAUGGUCAGCAGUCAAGCAUCCUACUGACGUUCUUCCCUGCUGGUCUGUCUUUUUUAUUUCUUCUCCAUGGGUAGGGAGUGAAUUGAGUGAGAGGCACACUGAAGGAUGUGAGUUCAAGUCCUGCAGCUCAAUUGGGAAAAAUCCCAAAGGUCGUCUUUUAUAGUUUUUGAAGGGUGCCAUGAUUUCGAGCAGCAACUUCAUUCAUAAGACUCACUAUGAGAUCCUAGGUGUGAAGGAAGAUACAGAUUUUGAAGAAAUCCGUAAAGCCUAUCGUUCAGCCAUACUUUGUUUUCAUCCAGACAAGCAGCAAAAGGCAUCAGAAACAUCCAAUUCUGAGUGUCUGACAGAAAACAAAUUUUUGGAGAUACAGAGAGCUUGGGAAACCCUUGGCAACCCGAGGUCACGUGCACUUUAUGACGGUGAAUUGCUAGCUUUGAGACAGGAUGUAGCAAUUGCUGAAGAUGUUAGCUUAGAGGACCUUACAGUUCAAGAUUCUGGUGAUGAUAUAGAGCUUUCUUAUCCUUGUAGAUGUGGUGACUACUACUUUAUUGAUUCUUUAGAAUUGGCUGACACGGGUUGUUCAAUAUCCAGAGAUGGGUGUACAGUCUCUUUGCUGACAUCUAAAUCUUUGCCAGCAUCUAUUGUGCUUCCUUGUGGAUCUUGCUCACUUAAAGUUCGCCUACUGAUUAAUGGCGAUACUAGGCUUCACAAAGAUGUUCACUUGUAAUUAUGAUUAGUUGGAAAACAUUAUUCUCUACAAUAUAUUUGCAAAAUUUUUGGAAAUUGAAAUGACAAGGAAAAAUGGGAAGUCUGAAA